CAAUUACGCAUUGAUUAUUCGAUAUGCGGAGCAGCUUAGAAAACACCUCGGUGUAAAUAUAGUAGGUUUUACUUUCCCGAUUGCAUUUCAAUACCUUUAUUUGAGUGUAGACAUGUAUGUAUUAACCAGUAUGUUCACGGAUUGAAAUAAGUGAAAGGUGUAACAGAUGAAAAGACCAAUAUGAAAACUAAAACGAUUGUCACCUGUAUUUUGGUGUGGGCGGUUUGUUUAAUAAUAUACCAAGUAGUACGCAUGCAUAUAGUACCAUACACAAAAGGCUUACAAAGACGGGGAGAUAACCUAAUGCUAGUUUCAGAGCAAGAGGGUGGAAUAAUCACAGGUGACGCAGAGGGAAAAAACAAAAUUCACCGGAUAUUUUGCAUCAUUUUUACUAUUCCCAAAAAUAUAAUGAAAGCUUUAGCUGUGAAAAAUACGUGGGCUAAAAGAUGCGACAAAUACCUGUUCUUUAGUAAUACGACCAAUGCAUCAUUACCAAUGGCCGCCUUAAAUAUGACGGAAGGUCGAGAGUUUCUACCGAGAAAAAGUAGAUUAGCCUUUGAAUACGCUUAUGAGCAUUACGGCUCGGAUUUUGACUGGUUCCUGAAAGCAGACGAUGAUACUUAUGUGAUAGUGGAAAACUUACGUCAUCAUUUAAAACAAUUUAACCCGGAUGAACCUGUUUAUGUUGGGAAAAAGUUCUCUACGCAUCACAAUCAUACCCAUUAUAUGAGCGGCGGGGCGGGUUAUAUUUUUAGCCGUACUGCCGUAAAAUCGAUGGUUUCCGAAUGUUUCCUAAAAUACAGUAAUUAUUUUCGUGGUGGUAUGGAAGACAUAGCUGUGGGACAGUGUGCGAAAAUGUUUCAUUAUAAUAUGGUGAACGUAUCCACGGACGCCUUGGACAGGGAAAAAUUUCAUAGUCUACAUCCGGGUAAUUAUCUGGAUGCUGAUGUGCCCGAAUGGUUAUACAGAUUUUCGUUCUCUAAAGUAAGAACGGGAUUUGAUUGUUGCAGUAAUGAAACUAUCUCAUUCCAUUAUGUCUCACCUAAGGAAAUCUAUCUUAUAGAUUUAUUUUUAUAUCAUAUUCAAAUUGCUAAAACUUAAUAUCAAUACUUAUUUUAUUGUAUGCCUAUCACGUAUGUAGAUUUUAUAAAAUAUUAAAGAAAAAUAAAAAGACAAUC